ACCGAGCCCCUAGUAACCGCUCGCCUCCCGCCAGGAGGGCAGCGCCUGCACUCGCGCCCCGGGCUGGCGGGGGCGCUCGGGCUCGGAGGCGGGGCGAUGGCUUAGCCUCACCAGGAGUCUAGACUGGGGGCAGCCAGUCUUCACCUGCGGGCAAAUCCCAUCACCCGAGCAAGGGUCGCCCAGUACGAACGAACGCGAAGACCCCUUAGAGUCCUUGGUAGCAGCGGCGUUGUUGGCCAUAGAGGAGAAACAGAAGAAAGGGAUGUGGCAGAUGCGGGCGUCGGUUGAGUUUCUCUGUGUAACUUCGGCUGUCCAGGAACUCAUUCCAUAGACCAGGUUGGCUUGGAACACAUCGACCUGCCAGCUUCUGCCUCCCAAGUGCUGGGAUUAAGGCAGGUUGCCACAACUUUCCUGGGAAGGGCGAAGAGGUGGCCUUCGAGAACACUAUGAACUUCUCUGAUAUUUACCACUCUGAUGAAGAGUAUUUCAGGAAACUCAAAGACCUGAAGGCUGUGCAUUCAGAAGCCAUGGCAAAAUUAGAGAAAAUGUUCCAGGAGAAGCUAAAUAUAACAAACAUCCAGGCAAUGUUCACCAGGGAUGACUCUUCUAGUUCUGCAUCGGAAAAGAGCUGCUCACAUCCCGCCUCAUCAGUGACCUCACUUUCACAGUCUGACCUAGACGGGUCAUCCUGCUUGUCCACAACUACUGAUGAGGAGUUGUCAGACCUAGAGAAAAAGACUCCCGGGGAAAGCGGAGCAAUGACCUAUGCCAAGGAGCUCAUAAACAACAUGUGGAACGACUUUUCUGUUAAAGAUUACGUCCAGGAUGGCUCGGACCUCCAAACGGAUAAGAACAAGAGGAAGAAACCUAAAUCCUUGACGCCCAGGAUUACAGUGCCUGCACCCUUUGAAAUGACCGUAAGAGAGCAGAAUCGGAGAGAGAAGGCUCGGUCCGAUCUGGAAACGAAGCAGAAGCUGCUCAAGAAGGACGAGGACGACGCAGAGUGUAAGAAGAAAUUCCGAGCCACUCCUGUUCCUUCCCGCUUGCUCCUUCCCCAGUAUGAGGAUCUAGUCAAGCAGAAUGAGGAGCGUCGGAAGAAUGUGCGGGAGAGGAGCAAAGCCGCGCUCCUGGCCUCCCAGAAACCCUUUAAGUUCAUUGCGAGGGAGGAACAGAAGCAAGCAAUCCGUGAGAAGAAGCUGGGAGACCUUUUUAGGGCGAAAAGGAAAACGAAUCAGUUUAAAGCCAGACCUGUGCCUCAUUUUAUUUACAGGCUAGCUGCGAAUGACAAGCCAAAGAAAGAAGAGCUCUAUGGGGGCAGCAGAAUGCAGCCCAAGGCCAGAGAUCUGCUGCAGAAUUCGCCUUGGCCCACUCGGUCAGCUCGCAGACAUUUCAGGGUCCCCAGAAGUCCUGCAAAGCCAAGGGGUAAACACAGGCGUAGGUGCCUGAGCCAUGUUGGAGACUUGGAAAAAUGGAAGGAACCCGUCUCUGAAAAUAGCUUUCUGAAAUGCACAGUGCUUUGUGAACAGUGUUGUCUUCACGAAUCCCCAUGUGACUCCGAUAAAAGAUCGAAAGGCUUGGCAGACAACAGAGCAGAUGAAGAAUAUUUGAGAGAAACACGUAGGCCUGGUCUAUCUCCUAGGCGCAAAUCACCCGGAAGAAGCUCGUACCCGAAGCCCAGGCCUCAUGAAUGCAGCCCACCGAUGCCCACCGCGUCUUCCCGAGGGCGGGAGCAAGCCAUCAGAAGGAGUGAAAAGGCCAGGAUGAGAGAAUAUUGGCAAGAACUGGAGGAACAAGAUGAAAAACUGCAAAAGAGGCCGAUGCUGUUUGAAAGAGUCGCCCAGGUUGUGUUUAUUGAUUAGGGCCGUUACCAGCUUCCUGUUUCUCAGUACCUCUGGCCUCCACAUGUGUGCUCCAUCUUAUUGUGUCCUACAACUGCUGAGACACGCUGUUUUGGGGGCAGCUUCAUCCAGUCCAUCACGAAUUUUGCUAAAGAUCUGAUAAGUAUCAUAGCUUAAUAAAGAACAUGUCAUUAACCCCUGCACCUCAAGG